AUGCCUCCGAGUUCUUUUGACACACUAGCGACAACUACUUCUUUACGAGGAGCCGUGGGUCACAAUGAAGCGCAUGAACUACGACGUAGAUGUGAAAAUGGUGAUAUUCACAUUGAUAGACUACAACUGGAGAAGAGAUUACUGAGGAAAGUUGACAUGCGAAUGUCGAUCCUAGUGGUGCUCUAUAUUUUGAACUUUUCUUGCAUACCUGUGUAUACUAAACGCUGCCAAAACAGCUCUGCACGACUUCAAGGCUUCCAGCAGGACUUACAUCUUCAAGGACAGCAGUAUUCAACCGUUUUGUCCAUUCUCUUUGUCGGAUACAUCAUCAUGCAAGUCCCAUCAAAUAUGUUUUUGAACUGGUUUGGGCGCCCUUCAAUCCAUAUACCCUCUUGCGUUGUUAUCUGGGGCACUAUCUCGAUUCUUAUAGGUUUCUAUAUCGGUGUUCUUCUAGCACGAUUUUUUCUUGGCAUCGUUGAAUCAGCUUUCUUUCCGGGAGCAUUAUUCACAAUAUCGUGUUGGUAUAAACGUGACGAAAUUGGACUUAGGACCUCCAUACUCGAUUGUGGCAGUCUUAUCAGUAACGGUUUUGGUGCUCUUGCAGCUUCUGGAAUCCUGAGCGGUAUGCAAGGCAAACUCGGACACUCUGCAUGGAGGCAAACUCCUGGCAGAUGGCUUUUCUAUAUCGAGGGCAGCAUUACCAUUUUUGUUGCUCUCUGCGCAAUGCUUAUUCUCCCUGACUUUCCUCACAACACACGUUGGCUUACUCCGGAAGAGAGGCAAUUUGCUGUUUUGCGCUUGCAGGAGGACGUGGCAAAGGACUCUGCAAAUACAGAAGAAACUACCCACCUUUCACCAUUGAGAGGCCUCUGGCUGGCGCUCACAGACUGGAAAAUGUGGUGGUUUACAAUUGCAGCGACUCUUCAGCUUCUGUCGCAAUCCUUCUAUAUCUUCUUCCCAACCCUCAGUGCAACGAUGGGAUUCGACACGACCAUCUCUUUACUAUUGUGUGCGCCACCAUGGAUUUGUGCAACAUUUAUCGUGUUCAGUAUCUCACGCUACUCCGACCACACAAAGCGGCGUUUUAUCUUUAUAUUCGUGACAGAAACAAUCAGCAUCAUUGGUUUUAUCAUCUCGAUGUGCACAAUGAACACUGUAGCAAGAUACUUAUCUCUUUUCCUGAUGAUUCAGUCAUACGCUGGGCUUGUAGUUUUCUACACUUGGAUGAGCAACACGUUUCCUUGGUCCCCCGCUAAACGCGCUGUCUGCCUUGCAUUCAUGAAUUCUAUCUCUCAACUAGGCAAUGUCUGUGGAUCCUACGUAUGGCCUUCCACAUGGGGUCCAUCGUACCGCUACUCAUAUGCUAUUUGUGUCGCCUCAACGGCUUUGUUUAUUAUCAUGUGCUGGGUCAUGAGUAUGCACCUCACAACUCUGAACAAGAAGAUGGCGAAAGAGGAGGAGGAGCGUGGGGUUCUGACGCCUGGUUUUAGAUACUUGGUUUGA